AUAAACACAAAUCCCACAUAACAGGGGUCCUUAACGAAGAAAGGGCAUAUAGAGAUUUUUGGAACUUCGUCAAUACGUUCAAAAGGUCCCUUUGGAUGUUAUCUAAGUGUCAAUUUAUCCAUCGGAUGUCAGAUAUUUCCGUAUUUGAAUGCUGCAGACAUAGACAUUUCAGAAAUAUUUUCAAAAUGAAUUUCGUUUAAUGUUGAUUCUACGGAAGCGUAGAGUGUUGUCUGUCUGGUAAAUAAAAGGUGCGGUGAUGACACAGGAAAACAUUGUUUCGCAUAUGCACCAGAGGGGAAAAAACAAAGCUCUGAAAAUACACAACCAUCUUUACCCAACAUAUUCAAAUUUGAAAGCUUUUGAGAGAAGACUUACAGAAGUUAUAGACAAGCUUCAGCCAGCUGCAAGAUUUUGGAGAAUUAUACUGAUAUUUAUCUCAAUAUGUACGGCAGUUGGUGCUUGGACGUGGCUAUGGGAUCCUGAAACAUCACAGGUACCAUUUACACAGUCAUUACUUAACCAUCCAUUCUUCACCUUGACCUGUUUGACACUGGUGGCAUUAUUUUUAUGUGGCAUACAUAAAAGAGUUGUAGCCCCUUCAAUUAUAGCAGCAAGGUGUAGACAAGUUUUAGCAGAUUACAAUAUGUCCUGUGAUGAUACUGGGAAGCUGAUUUUAAAGCCAAGACCGACCACCUGACAAUGAAUGCAACCACCAGAAAGUGACUUUUAUGACUGAUUUUUGUACUACGUUGGUUGAUUUAUUUCAACACGUGUAUAUAAUAGGGUAUCAGAAGAAGAUAUCUUGCUGAAGUUGUUGGUACCUUCUUACAUUAUUUUAUCAUUAGAGUUUUCAACAUACAUUAGAGUUUUCAACAUGUUUAUGUAUUGUUGAUUUGUUGCACUGUGUUGCAACGAUUGUUGUUAGAUGUGAAUUGCCAAUUGAAAUUACAAAAUUAUGUCUAUAUUCAUUCAUGUCUCCCUUCAAAGAAGUAAGGGUAUAUUGAUUUACCCAAUUAGGCUGAGAGAGUUUGUUUUCCAAUCAGUUACUAAAAAACUUAAGUGUACAGUUGUAAAACUUAUGGUCAGUUAAUGAUCCAAAUUAUAUUGAAGGUCAGUAGGAUAAGGGUCAAGGUCACAGUGGUCUUGAAACUGAAAAUGGUUUCCAUUCAAUAAGGUCGGAAUGCUUAAGCCUGCAGUGGUCAAACUUCUUAUUGAGACUGAAAAUGGUUUAAGCUCUUUUACUAGGGAAUUUCACCAUCCAUAGGUUGAUUGUCUGUUUUCAGUUGAUGUUCCUUGUUGUUUUGGUUUGAAGUAGACCAAAAGUAGCGGUCACAAUGUCCUCAAUGUUUCUACAGUAGGUCUUGGGUCUGCAGAAAAUAAUUGCAUUUUGUCGUUACAUGACCCUAACAAUUAUGGGAUCACUAGGUCUAAGGUAAAGGUCACAAUGACUUUGAAACUGAAAACUGUCUCUUAUCAAUAAUUUUAGAAUGUUUGUGCUUCAAGCGGUCACACGUCAAGGCAUGAUUGCCUGUGAUCACUAGAUGACUUUUGGAAUUUAGUAGAUUAAAGGUCAAGGUCACAAUGACCACUAGAAUGCAAAUGCUUUUGGAUGAGUAACUGGAAAUGUUUUGGUGGACAGCGAUCAAUCUUCAUAAUAAUGAUUACAUGUGCACAUAUGAUGACUCCUAACAUAUUUUUGUGUAGGGGCAGAGGUGGGGGUCAGUAUAUCUCAGGUCAAAGUCACUAUGACCUACCUGAUAAAUAGCUGGAAACAUUUGGGCCUACAGCCAUCAAAUUUCAUAGCAUAUAUGACUGUGGUCAGUAGAUUACCUCUAGAAUUUGUGGGGUCAGUAAGUCAAUGGUCAAGAGCUCAGCAUACAUUAGACUGAAAAUAAAAAUCCAGGUCUCAUGACA